GACGGCCCUCCCUUGUUUCGCCCCGUCCCUCGCCGACCCUUCGUCUUCGACCUCAAGUGCUCCACGCCCACGCCCCAGAUCAUCACGCCGCCCCAAGACGACGAGAGUGACAGCGAAGAGCAGCGUCUCGAAGACGAGAUCCUGCUCGCCCGCUUCCGCCGCGACCUGCUCAAGACUGGCUUCCUUGGCUUGCGGCCGUCCGAGGACUCUCCCCCCGACUCUCCCACCUUUCUCACCGAGUCACGCUCCACUGCAGACCUCAAUUCGUCCACACUCGCGGGCAUUUACGACUGUUCAGACCAGGAGGACGUCUUCAAUGGCGCAGAUGACGGCGAGGAGCUGCACAACCCCUGGGGGACCGGCGCCGGAUCCCCGGUGAAGCGUCGCGAAAGCGUCAGCCGCGCCACAUACGAGCUCAUGCGGGACCGUUCGAGACGCCAGUCACACGCCAGCGCCGCCGAGUCGAGCCGCUCGAAGCAAUCCACAACUCCCGCCUCCAGGGCGCUGUGGCUAGCCUCGCGAGCCCUGGUUCUGUUCGUUCUGGGAGCGGGCUACGGCGUGCUCGUCACGCACCUGCACCGGGAGCAGGGCCUGCUUCAGCUGCCCGACGCCGGCAACGGCAUGCCGCAAUACAACGGAUCGUACACUGCCAUGUGGGGGUUUGCGCUUGCUGGCGUUGGCAUGGGCGCGCUGCAGCCGUGGGUUGACGGCGAGUGGGACGGCGUGUUUGGGUGCGACGGCGACGAGGCAGAGGUCGAGUCGGUCGAGUCUCUGCACGAUGAGGAUGAGGAGCAGUCUUUGCUGGAAACAGACUGGGCGCUGGUGAUGAGAGCAAUCGGCGUGUUUGUCGGUGUUGCCUUUGCAGUUCGUCGUCUCUCGUGGACAUCAAGUUCACAAGUCUCAUUAGCCGUGGCACUGGCCAACUUGUUUCUCUGGUGGUUGAUUGACAGAACCAUGCCUGCCUUGGUUGUGUCCACCGUCGUUGGCCUCGUCGGAACCCUCUUCCUACUGAGUGUCAGUCCCGACAUGAUCCGGGCUCCCUCGACCACGUUCAUGCAGACCAACAGCAGCUUCUAUGCACAACCCCAUGCCGAGCCGGCAAUGAUGCUGGGCGGAAUCGCCAGCCAAGAGACGGUCGAGGCGGGCAUCUGGAUCCUCAGCGUGCUGUUCUGCACAUGCCUCUGCUUCGGUAACAUUGGCCGAAGACUAGCCAAGAGCAAACCAAAGGGCCGCUGG